ACGUUGCACAUGGUUCGUCCCGCUCCCCGGCGUCCCGCCCCGCGCGCGGUGAUUGGCUCCGCGCCGUCGCUACUUCCGGUUCCGGUCGGCGGCGCGGCGGAGGGGCUAUGGCGGCGGGCCGGCUCUGAGGCCAUGGCGGCCCCACACGCGGAGAAGCUGGAGGGAGGAGGCGGAGGAGGUGGAGGAGGAGGCGUCCCGGCCCCGCCGCCCCCUCCGGGACCUCCGCACCCCGCGGGAGGCGCCGCCGCCGGCGGGCCCGGCCGGAAGCAGGGGAAGGCAGGGCUGCAGAUGAAGAGCCCCGAGAAGAAGCGUCGUAAAUCCAACACGCAGGGCCCGGCCUACUCGCAUCUCUCCGAAUUCGCCCCGCCGCCCACCCCCAUGGUGGAUCACCUGGUGGCUUCCAACCCCUUCGAGGAUGACUUCGGGGCCCCCAAAACCGGGGCGGCCCCCGCCGCCUUCCUGGGCAGCCCCGUCCCCUUCGGCGGCUUCCGCGUUCAAGGGGGGAUGUCACCACAGGUGCCCCCCGGCUACGGCGGGGGUCCCCAGCCCCUGCGGAGGCAGCCACCCCCUCCCUUCGCCCCCGGGCAGAUGGGUCCAGCGUUCGGUAUGCCCCCCCAGAACCCCGGCUACGUCCAGCCUGGCGCCAUGAGCUUCCCCGGGCAGCCCUUUGGGCAGCCCCUUGGACAGAACUUCAGCCCCCCCGCAGGGCAGCUCAUGCAGGGGCCCGUGGGGGGCUUCGGGCCCAUGAUCUCCCCCACUAUGGGGCAGCCACCCCGGGGGGGUGACAUGGGUCCGGGGCCUGCCCUCAACCCCCCCGGGGGGCCGGCUGUGGCUCAGCGUUUUGGUCAACCUGGCAACCUCUUUGGACAGUCGCCCCUGCAGCGCCCUGGGCAGAACGUGCCCCCCCUGCCCCCCACAGCCAGCCCCUUCCCGGGGGCUGACCCCGGCUUCCCCCCAGGGGGUGAGGAGGGGGGCAAGACCCUGAACCCACCCCCCAGCACCUUUGCCCAGGAGACACAUUCAGGCUCCCCUGCCGCCGCCGUCAAUGGGGCCCAGCCCCCCUUUGCCCCUGGCAGUGCCGCCCGCGCCGCCGGCACCCCCGAGACCAACAGCCUCCCGCCGCCUCCCCCUGGCAAAGCAGCCGGCGGGUCAGGCCACCAGCCACCCCCGGGGCUAGUGUACCCCUGCGGAGCUUGCCGCAACGAGGUGAACGACGACCAGGACGCCAUCCUGUGCGAGGCAUCCUGCCAGAAGUGGUUCCACCGGGAAUGCACCGGGAUGACGGAGAACGCCUACGGGCUGCUCACCACCGAGGCCUCCGCCGUCUGGGCCUGCGACUUCUGCCUCAAGACCAAGGAGAUCCAGUCGGUUUACGUCCGGGAGGGCAUGGGACAGCUGGUGGCCGCCAACGACGGCUGAGCCGCCCUCCCGCCGCCGCGGACACCUUCCCCUGCCGGUUUAGGACCAAACCCCCGUUUUUUUGUAGCCGUUAACCCCCCCGCCAGCCAGAGAGACUACACUGGGCGCUGGUUCCUCACUGGGGGCCAGCCGCAGCUGGCUCCUGGGCCAGUGCUGGCCGCGCCGUUGCCAUCCCUUUGCUGCGGGGGAGGCUCCGGUGUAUCGGUCCUUGGGGACUGAGGCUCCCUGGUGCCCCCCAGCUCUGCCCGGUGCCUUCAGUACCCUUGCGGGGGGGGGUGGGGUGGGGUGGGUGUGAUCCGGUCCCUGCUACCAUCCGUGACUCCCCGCGGGGCUGCAGUGUUCCCGGUGCCCCCCCCCCCCCCCCCUUCCAUGUGCAUGGGACAGUCCCGGUGCCCCCGGCUUCCCCCCCCCUCCCCCCGGUGCUCGGGGCAGUCCCGGUCCCCCCCCCCCGCCCCCGUUUUAUCCGAUCGUUAAUGGAAACUUUUUGUACCGUCGCUAUAAAGCUCUGGA